CCUCAUGUCCAAAUGUUUUAGUAUGAGUAGUUCCCAACAAUAGUGCCCGGCAAACGAGGGAGAGCUCGAGACUGAGCGGGAGAGACAUGGACGGUCCUGCCGCCAUUCGGUCGGAGGAAACUUUAAACCCUAAUAACGGAGGACCCAGAAAAGAAGAGGAGGCGAAGCCGAAGGUGGUGGUGAUAAUGGGUCCUACAGGGUCAGGCAAAUCAAAACUAGCAAUUGAUCUAGCAUCCCACUUUCCGAUAGAAAUCAUCAACUCCGAUUCCAUGCAGGUCUACCGAGGCCUUGAUGUUCUCACCAACAAGGUUCCCCUCCAUGAGCAAAAGGGAGUCAAACAUCAUCUCUUGGGGACCGUAAGCCCAGACGUAGAGUUCACUGUCAAGGAUUUCCGGAAUGCUGCUAUUCCUAUUCAAGUGUGGAUGAAGGUUGUGAGAGCUGUGGGUAGAGUGGUGGUGUAUCAUCCCACAAUUGAUAUUCCUGAGUAUGUUCCUCCCCCUGAAUAUCAAUAG